GGAGUGUGUGUCAAUAUCAUUUAUUUUUCUUGUUACUGAAAGUAUUUGGAUGCUUCUAUUGUGGAAAUUUGUGUAAAUAGUUUAGUGAAUUUUAUAAAUUUGUAGCUUUAAUUUAUCGGAGAGUAAUUAAUAUUCGCGAUUGUUAAAUUAAUUACUUCAUAUAUGGAUGCUUUACAAUCGUCCAAUGAAGCAGAGCGAAGUAAUGGUACGGCGGCAGAUGUAUCGUUACGGUUCUAUUCAUUCUUGCCCAUCACACAACCGAAAAAAACAUGGCCCACCAAUCCAAAAACAAGUGGUUAUUGUACAGAUACGAGUGGUGUCCUUGUUAUAAACGAUAGUGAGGAUGAAGAUUCAUCGACCAUAUCUGCCGUUUCGGAGCCGCAAUUUGAGUUUCUUUGCGAGAUUGAUGUUGAUAAAAAUAUCGCGCUUCCACGUCCUAUAGAGCUUAAAGUAGAAUGUAAAAAAGAGCCCGAGGAUUUUCUUGGAGCCCAGCAAAAUCAGAAACCUGCUAACGAAAAAAGACAAACAUCAACACUCACAGCAGCAACAACAGAUAAUGGUGAUUGUGAAGAUGAACUAUUAACAUUGUGCAAAAUAGAGCCAGUAUGUGAUCUUAAUGAAGUUAUGCCAAAUAAUGCAUCCGAACAAGAAAAUCACUAUAUUUACUUCACAUGUCCCCAAUGUGGUGAACGUCACGACUCCCAUCCGCAUUGGCGCCGCCACAUUGUUUCGGCGCACCAACUAGGAGAUAAAAAAAAAUGGAAUUUUAAGCAGCGCCCUAAUAAUGAAUUUGAGUGCAAUAGUUGCCGUAAAGUGUUUACACGUUGCACAUUAAAGACUUUACAACAGCAUCACUUUACACAUUUGCCACACAAAGUGUACCAUUGUAAAUUGUGUCCAUUCGAGGAGCACAGUAUGUUUUUAAUGGUUUCUCAUAUUAUGCUGCAUAGAGAAACAGAUGCUAGUAGUAGUGGCAAUGCCAAAAGUAACAACGGUGCGCCAACAGCACGCGAAAUUGCACUGUGGGAACAUGAAAGCCGCGCAUUAAUUGCUUAUGUUUGCCCGGCAUGUGGGUUAACAUUCGAUGCAGAAGAUACCUGGCAGGCACAUAUAAAUUUUAGUCACAACUUUUUGGAGAAAACGGCCGAAAAUCGUUUUGGUGAUCAUUUUAAAUGUUCCGAAUGUGGCGUAGAAAUCUUUUCUCAACACAUUGCCGAUUUACAGCAGCACCUAUUUACCCACUUGGCAUACAAAUCCUAUUUGAAAUGCAAAAUAUGCAGUUUUACAAUUUCGCGGCGAAAUUUUAUGCUCUCCCACAUAUUAAACUUACAUAAAGUUCAUUUAAGCGCUGGCGCUAUUGCAAAUGGGGGCACCGUAAUGUCAGCGGACACUCCAACAAUAACAACAACAAGAGGGUUAUCGCCUGUCCCCGUAACAACAACUACAUCACCCAGGAGAAAAAGAUCGCACGAUGGUCGUAUAUCGCAUGAUGGCGGGUUGAGGGAAUCAGAGAACUCGAAUAUAAAUUCCAUGAAUGUCUUCCAAUCAACUUUAAGACCACACAAUGAUAACAAUAUACGGACUCGACGAGCAUCAGCGGCAUAUCGGCAAUUGAACAACACUUAUACGAGUAGUAGUGAUGCAUUGGAGACGGCCCCAAAAACGAUUUUACGCAAAGGUUCAUUCACAUGUGAAAAAUGUACCAAGCAUUAUUUGUACAGAAAAAGUUUCAGUAAGCAUUUGCGUUACUGUAAUCCCAACAACAUGACUAUUUAAUUGAUAACUUUACAUUUUUGACGACGCUAAGCGCAUACAUUUCCGCACAUUCAUACGUACAUGUACAUGUGUAUGUAUGUGUGCAUGUAUAUACAUAAGACAUUCCAACGCUGAUUGCGUGCGCACAUCCCAAGUUAUCAAAUGAUAAAUAAUAAACUAACGAGUAACGAAUAAUUUUAUCUAACUUCCAUUUUCGUGCAUUCCAUAAUUAUGAUCACAGGGCUGGUUGCAAUGAAUUUUGCGCAAACCCAAAAAAGACAUACUUGUAUUUACAUUGUUUUAAUUGAUAAGACUUAGAACUGUUGGAACUUCAGUUAAAAUCACUUAUACAUAUAUACCAAUGUAACAUUUUAAGUUACUCGUUGCCUUUUGUUUUUACAAAACUAAGCAAAACAAUGUUAAAAAUUAUUUACCUAUUGUUAUUUUAUAUAUUUAAGAUAAUUUUUUCACCACUCUAUAUUUACUUACGAUAUUUUUUUCCAUAUUAAUCACACUCCUAACUCUUAUUAAGCUGAGUUGAGUACAAAAAUUGAAAAUCAAAAAAGAAAAAAAAUUAAAUGAAACAAACAUAAUUGAAUUUAUA